AUGGGAAGACUUUCGGCAGUGUUUUCCCGGAAAAGGUUAACCUCCGCAAAAACGCGCUUGCUCGUGGAUCAGCUUAAAACGUCCUGCGGAAUAUUUUUGGAUCCCACCAUACGCUCACCCAACAUCCAAGAGACCAGAGCAUUACAGAUCCUGCGAAAAAUCGUUACCAGAUCCCACCGACACAUUAUCCAGUACGUACCGGAAUGGGCAGCCAUACUCGAAUGCUCGCUAGUACUGGUGCAGAACUAUGUGGCUCAUUUGCAGUUAAGGCCUAGUCCGCUUAAACGCUUCCAGCGGAAACCGUUUGCUAAUGCGAAGAUGCUUUUUCAGGCCGCCAUCGAUCUCCUAAUACCGGAGCUCCUGAACGAAGUAAUUGACACGAUCCUGAGGUUCCUGCAAACAGAAAACCUCUGGCAUGUGGAGUUCAUCUGCGUGGAAAUACUGUUGUCGGUGCUUGAGUGUCGGUCACCCUCAGCAUUACUGCUGUCGAAGCUCAUCGAUCGUGUUGAACGCUUUCUGCAACUUUCCGACAUCGCACAGGUACGGCACGUUCUUUCCGUACUGCAGAGCGUCAUCAUAUCACAGCGCUGGGAUCUGAUCGAAUAUUCCGAUCUGGCGAAGCUGCUCCGCUUCUACCACGCCAGCGUAAUGAUCGGGACAAGCCGGAACCAAAUUUACGAACUCCGCCGUGGGUUCGAAAAGUGUCUCAAGAAUCUCGUCCCACUCCUAUCCGUAGCUGACCGGUGUGGGUUCUUCAUCAUGAUGCUGCCACUCGUGUUCGACACCGACAUGUCGGACGAGGCACGGAUCGAGUUUGGUUCCACCGUAGAGCAUGCCGCUUCCCACAUGACGCUGUACGACCCCCGGAAUCGAUUGCUUGUAUCCGAGGUGAGCUCGUACAUCGUGGAGUAUCUGCUACAGUGCAUUGAAUCCGAAGACGCCACCAUAUCCAUACUCGCUUGUAAGGUACUGACCAAGUUACUCGACCGCGGCCAACACAACCCCGAUCAGUUUCAAUCACCCACCAUCUUCCAUAUGGACACGUAUUACGAGAUUGUGUUGGCCACAGACUUCGGACCCCUGCAGCAGUUGCUCAUGGAACAACGGGUACAUCUAGAGCAAGCCUUACUCCAAACCAUAGAGCGUCACAGUCAACGCAAGAUGAACCUGGAGGUGUUCUAUCAGUUGCUCUGCACACUACUCGUUGAAGCGCCGAGUGGAUUCACCUCGUCCGCCAUCUGCUGUCUGCUGCUCAAGGUGCAAAAGAUGUUUCUGUACCAUUCGAUCGAUUCGCAGCUACAGAUAUUGGACGAAUCUCAGCACACCAACCGAAUACAUGCCACCAUAAUGGCAGUGAUGACGCUGAUCAACUGGAUCCACCGGGCACGAUCGAUGAAUGCGUACAUUACACGCGUGCUGCACAACCGCUUCGAUCACGCACCGAGCCUUAAUCCACCGGUGCGUGAACAGUAUCGACAUGCGGCACAUCACAUUUCCUGGUACGACAGCAGGCUGUUCUUCGACACGCUCGAGAUUCGGUACAGUCUGUGGAAAUGCUUCCGCAUCUCGGAGGAGAAAAUUCCCAAACCCGUUCGGAUGCGGUCUAGAUCGUACGGUGAUCCUCGGCGACGUCUCAACGAUGGUGCGCUUAAUGUGUUUGCUGGUAUGUGA